AUGGGGCAUACAGCUCCCGCAUUCAAUCACACUGUUUGGCAAUCUGACAAACCAGCUGAUCUAACGGAAACUGAAGAUGCUUCAAAACCCAAAGAAGAAGUUAAACACGAGGCUGAAAUAAUAGAGCGUGAGACAGUUAUAGAGUCUUUAAGCCUCUCAGAUGAGUCUGAGCCAACAACAGUUUCGAAAGAAGAGGUGACAGUAGAGCUUCAGCAAGAGGAAGAAAGGCCUAAACCCGACACUGACUUCAUUCAUUCACUUGAAAUACAGAAAGACAUCAAAGAAUCUGAAGUAGUUCAGAAAGAGUUAAGCAUUCAAGUGGAACCCUCUGUGGAAGAACACCGGGAGGUGCAGGCUGAUCUAACGGAAACUGAAGAUGCUUCAAAACCCAAAGAAGAAGUAAAACACGAGGCUGAAAUAACAGAGCAGGAGACAGUUAUAGAGUCUUUAAGCCUCUCAGUUGAGUCUCAGCCAACAACAGUUUCGAAAGAAGAGGUCACAGUAGAGCUUGAGCAAGAGGAAGAAAGGCCUAAACCCGACACUGACUCCAUUCAGUCACUUGAAAUACAGAAAGACAUCAAAGAAUCUGAAGUAGUGCAGAAAGAGUUAAGCAUUCAAGUGGAACCCUCUGUGGAAGAACACUGGGAGGUGCAGGGUAAAGGGAAAAGACGCAGGAAAAAGGUUACAAAAGUGGAAAAAACUGUCAUAGCUACUGAAUACCAAGAGACAGGUGUUACUUCUCCCCUGGAAGGAUACACCUCAGAAACAAAAACUGAAUUUGAGAUUGAAGACAUUGAUGAUACUUUGUCUCCAACCGAAGAAGAACUAAAACCUCAAGAAGAAAUGGCAGGGACUGCAACUAUAACAACUGAAACAACUGAGGAAAAACAGGCUGUUCUGGAAGCAGAAUCCUUUUCACCAUAUUUUACGAAACCAAUAAUUGGUGUUACUCUUAUUGAAGAGAGAAUUAGUAUCAGCGAUGGAAACAUUAUAGGAAAAAAACUAAACGUGUCUGAAGGAAAUAAUAAAAGUAAUACAGGAGCUAACUUCACUUUUCAGGAAGGACCUUCCAUUAAUUUUGAAGUUGAAGUUUUAAAAGAAACCUGUGAUCCAGUUAGUGAUAACAAUGAGUGUGAGGUAUCAACCACAAAAGUUCAGCAGCAAUCAGAAUUCCUAUGUGCUGAGGCACUAAGUGGAGUAACUAGUCCAGGCCCUCCAUCAACGAUUAGUGUCAAAGUUCUUGAGGAACGUAUUUAUACUCCCGAUGAAGACAUCAAAGGGAGUAAACAAAGUUUUUUGUCAUUGUAUGAUGUUAAUACAACUGAGGGUCCACAAGAGACUAUCAGAGAGCUACAACUCCUAAAAAAAGAUAAAUCUGUAGUAAUGUAUGAAUCCAUUCCAUUUGAAGAAACUUUGCUAGAAAAGGACACUUCAGUAUUAACAUGUGAUUCAACAGAACAGAUGCUUAAUUCUUAUAAAAUUGAUACUGCCAAGCAAGUGGAACAAAGCUUUAGGACAGUAGCUGUAAAUUUGAAAGAGGAAAAGAAAGACAUUGAUUUGCCAAAAAUGGGUGACAGAAUACAUAUAAAUCUUGAUGAUAGUGGAAUAAGUUUCGACCCUUUAAAAUAUAGUGUUUCUGUUAUAGAAGAAAAUAUUUACAUUGAAGAUGAAGGUAACAGUGAUAAUAAUCUGGAUUUAGAAUGUUUUGAUACACUUAACUAUACAUUGGAGUCUUCAUUCAAAACCAUAGGGAGGGAAACUGACUCAGUGAAAGAGAUUAUGCAGACAAAAGCUAGCAAAUCUGAUGAUGGCACUGCUACUUUUCAAGAAGAUAUUAUAUCUGCUCAAGAUGGUGGGACUGAUAAGAUCAAAGAAGCCAUGGAAGAUAAUGACUUGCAGCAGCAUUCAUCUGUAGGAAAGAGCAGAAGUCUUUUCAAACUGCCAUCAUUUAAACUUCCUUCACUUAGUUUUAGGAGGAAAAAAGAAAGCGCUAAUGAUCCUCUGGAUGAAACAAUCAAAGACCUAAAUGCUGAUUUACCACAUAAAGAUUUUGCUACAGAUUUAUUUAAUGAAAGUGAGAAACUAAAAACACAGCUAGAAAUUGAAGCAGGCAAAGAGAAAGCACCUUUAUUAAGCAAGGAAGGUGAGCAUUUAAAAUUCCAGCUCCCUCAGUUGGAAUUAUCAAAACUUUCCACAGGGGAGAUAACUGAAAGCACCGGCACUAGCACAGACUCAUUAAAGGUGAUUGUUACUAAAGAUAACAUGACUAAAACUGUUGAUACACAGAAAGAAAAAUCUCAACUAAUCAAGGAUAUGUCACCUGUGAAUUUGUUAAGUGAGUCACAACCAACUACAAUUUCUGUAGAUUCACAUCUUGAGGAAGAUAUCAAGAUUGAGUUUCCUUAUUUCAUGGCACCCCAAAUUUCUUUUGUAGAUCCUAAUGAUGUCCAAAGUGAUAAUGCUAAGUUCUAUAAGCCAGUAGAACAAAUGGAGCAUGGAAAUAGUCAGUCUGCAAGUGAAGAACUACAAACACAUUUUAUCAAAAAGCAAAAAGUGAACAGAUUUGGACAUUCAGGAGAAAUAACAGAUGAUCAAUUUUUCACUGAGAAAAAAAAACACUCAGUCUCAGUUUCUCUUAGGAAUGUCAAUUUAAGUGAGAAAAAAAUGAAACCCAAUAGGUCUGGCUUUAAAUUAUCUUUUUCGAAAGUUAAAAAGCCAAUUUUACCUUCUGAGCCACAAUGUGAAUCCUUUGGUAUUGCUGCUCACCUUGAAAAGGUUGGCAUAGACCUUGCUGAAUAUGAUUUAACUUGUGAGGAUGAACUGCAAACUGUAGAUAUCAGUUGUAUUGCCAAUACAUCUACUUUAGACUUAAAUAAACAUCAGUCAGAUGUCAAAGAUGCAGAUACUGGCCCAGAUUUUGGAGAUGAAACAUCCUUAAAUGAAAUAAAAAAAUCUAUGAAAAAAGAGAUGAACAUAACACCAACUGCUGUCAAAUACAUUACAUUGAAUGAGAAAAGCUCAGUGACUGCAAAGCAAUUUGAUACAGACUAUGGGCUUCCUAAUUUCACAUCACAUGUUUCAUCUGAUUUGCCAGUAUCAACAGAAAGCACAGAAAUAACUAUUAUAAAAGGUUCUAACAAGCUUGAUGAGGUAUAUUCAAACACUAUCUGGGAAACAAAACAAAACACUGCAAUUGACUAUACGUCGGAUGGCACAACUCAAACUAAACAACCUUCAACUGAAAAUAUGUUGUUGCCUACCCAAAUUGUAAAAGAAUAUGAGAUCAGUUCAUCAGAAACUGAAAAACCUUCUUUUGGGUUUUCACUUAUGAAGAUAAAGUUGCCAGAGUCCCAUCGAAAUGUUAACAGGGAAGAGUCUCAAAUAUCAGCAGAGGCAUGCACCAAUACAGAAGAUCACCUAGUGGUUUCUGAGAAUACGAAGUCCCUUGACAUUGUAUUAGACAAUACAACAGCAGAGCAUAAACCAAACAGACAGAUUUUCUAUAUACCAAAAGUGAAGACUCUUACACUUUCAGUUAAAUCCUGUGACCAACCAGAGUUUUCUAAUAUGUCUGAAUAUGCUGAAACAAAUGAUGGAGCGGCAAAAAAUGAAAUGUCAUCAACUGCAGCUCCUAGUCACGAUGAAAACAGUCUGAAAUCAAAAGAAGCCACAAGUAAUCAGUCUCUGAAGUUCAGGUUUCACCUCCCUAGUAUUGGAUUUACUUCCUCUGUAAAUAAAACAGAUAACGAAACUUCUAUUCAAAAGGUGCAGGACACUAAAAAAAUAGAAAAAGAGGAAUUACAGACUUCCGAGAAGAAAUCAUGGUUUAAAGUUCCCAAAUUAGGGUUUUCUUCUGCCACAGAGAAACAUCUAAUUGACAAGACAGAAAAAGAUGAUCCAGAACUUCUUGCUGAAACAACAGAAGACAAUUUUACAAAAGAAUCAAAAGAGAAAGACAAAGGUGAAGAUUCAUCUUAAAGUACUUGAAUGUAAGGCAACAUCAAUUCAAAUGAUUAAAGGGACAUUAUACUCACCAGUUAUGAAUGUAAGGAGUUUAUAGAUUAGCAUUUAUUCUGCAGGGUUAACAAUGACACUCCCAUUCCUGACAGAUUCUUAAUUGUCUGACAAUUUGACCAUUGGACGAUACUGAUCCACUUUUUAAUGGAAUUAACUUUUUAGUGUAGUCAGAUAUGGAAAAAAAACUCAAAUAAGUCAAAAUAACCUGUUUCAGUAUCUUUUAUUAAACAGUUAUAGAAAAAUCAAGUGAAUGUACACUGUAGAAUUUCUACUGGGACAGCAGUUCAUCUUCACAAAUGUUAGGGGGCAGAUUUAUGAACUGUUGCCUCUUUGACUUAUAGCGUUAGUGGUGACAGCUCAGUGAUAAAAGACAUUUUCUCGUUUUCUUUACUCCAUAGUGCUGACCUGUGUUAAUGAUAAGUGUUUCCAUUUCUAUGCAGUGUUUUGACUCUUUUUUCUUUUAACUUUUUUUGUUUUGACUCCAUUUAUUAAGCUGUUUCCAUGCAUUGGCCAAUGUGAUGCAAAAUGUGAUAAAAUUUUAUGUCAUGCUUUCUAUUUUUACCUUUUUUAUAAAUUGUAAGUUUAAAAAAUUCAGUUCCCCUAUAGCAUCUUACUAGCAGCUCAUUACCUCUGUACAUUUUACAUAGUAGCAGCAGCUUUAGUCUCAGUCCCUACUGGGCAUGCUCCAUGAGUUUAAAUGAAGCCAAUCUCAGAGUAGCAGUUAUCAUCUGAUACCAUUUACCAGCAUCCUCUGAUGCUUCUGAUAUAUGUAGCAACAGUUUAGAAAGUCAGUGAUCUGGCAUAUUGAGUGACCAUGGAACAGGGUUGAUGGGUGCCAACUUAAGUUGUUUCUCUUUUUCAAACCUAGAGCAUGUGUAGCUGAAGCCAGGUUCAGAUCACCUUCAACUAUGCAUAACAAAAUUGUGAGAUUACAGAGAAAAGGGCUUGAAGUGGCACAAGAUUGCACCAAGCAACCCUGUGGAAUUAUAUAUAUGUGUGUAUCCUAAUGAGCCUCCUGUUUUAAAAUAUAAGUAUCUUGAAACUUACCUUGGUGCUUCUUGACCUAUUAUAUAAUAGGACAUGUCCUGUUACCACCUUGGAACUCCUUGGUGACUUCCAAUAUACUUAUUCACUACAUGGCCAAAAGUAUCUAGACACUCCUAAUUAGUAAAACUGGACAAAUCCAUUUAUUACUGUAUAUUUUUGUAUUACUUAGCUUAGUGGCUUUCAAAUGUUGUACCAUCAAAGGAUGCCAUCCUUCUGUCAAGUCAAUAGUGGCUUUCAAAUGUACCAUCAUAGGAUGCCAUCCUUCUGUCAAGUCAAUUCAUGAAAUUCAUGCCAUGUUAGAGCUGCCCUAGUAGCUGUGAAACAUCAAGAAGCAGCAACAGUUGAGUCAUGAAUUUGUCGGCCAUGCAAGUGCAAAGAAAUGGAACAGUGAGUGCUGAAAAACCACAUUUGAAGUUCACUGCCAACUUCUAAACUGUCUAUGGAAGUAAUGCCGGCACAAUGACUAUUGGUUGGGAGCUUAACAAGAUGUAUUCCCAUGGGCAAGCAGCUGCACAAAAGCCAAACAUUGUCAUGCACAGUGCCAAGUAUCACUGGAGUGCUGAAAAGGUCACUGUCGAAUGAAUCUGAAGCCAGAGGAAAUGCUUUCGAUGAAUCUCUUCACUAUCUGGCCAUCUGAUGGACUGCGGGCUUUGCCAAUGCCUGGAGAACACUAGUCCCGGCUAAGUCCCCUGGCUCCAGAGGAUAUUAACUUGUAAAAUACAAUGACUUUUUUUUAAUUUUCCACGUUUCCUACUUUUGGGCAACAGUUUACAGAAGGCUUUUUCUUUUAGCACAAUGAUGCUCCAUGCAUGAAGCAAGGUCCUUCUCAGUUUUCUGAGAUUCGUGUGCAAGAACUAGCCCACCAGAACUCUGACUUUUAUUCAGCUGAACACCUGUGGCAUCAAUUGGAAUUCUGACUGCGAAACAGACCUCUUUCCCAAUACCAUUGCCCAACCUUAUUAAUACUCUUGUCAUUGAAUGAAAGCCAGUCCUACUAACAAUGUACAUAAAAGCCACCCCAGAACAGCAGAGGUUGCUAUAGAGGUAAACAUACAACAAAUUUAUAUUAAUGCCUUUGCUUUCAAAAUGUGAUGUUGGCCAUAUAGUGUAUUUUACAAUUGGGGGUACAUUAUUACACACUUAUAUAUAUAUAUUUUCUUUCCUCAGUUGGUACAUGAGCUCAAGUGGUCCAUGACUUCUAAUCCCAAAUAUCACCGUAACUAGUUCACAAAAUGACUACAAAGGGAGCUACAGUGAUUAGGGAAUUACUGUUCUUUCAUGAAUCUCAAUUUAUUAUGCAUGAAUGAUGAGUUAGGGGCGUGCAUUCCAGUUUCAUGUAUCUGUCUUACAUAAAAUAUAUAUAUUGAUUGGGUAUAAAUGAGCCUUUUAGGAAUAAGAUGGAAAAUAAACUCAAAUAUAUUGGAAUUAAAUGCUAAGCAUAGACUCAACUGCAACAAGAACCUAAAGAAACAUUAGACUGGUACAUUAUGGGGCAAAUUCAUCAAGGGUCGAAUUUUGAGGGGUUAAAUCCCUCGAAAUUCGACUGGGGAAUAGAA